CUGUCUAUCUGUUUAUACAAAAAUGGAGCAACUAGCAACCAGUAGCUAUAAAUCUGGAGCAAGUACACAUUCUCCAUUGAAAUCGGACCAAUCACCGGUCGAAAUGGAACCUUCCACAGAAGUGGUGCGUGAAAGUGAUGCCAAAUUCCCUGCAUCAAAGUGGGUGAAGUUGAAUGUAGGUGGAAAGGUGUAUGUGACUACCUUAUGUACACUGGUUAGUAAGGAGCCUGAUAGUAUGUUGGCACGCAUGUUUUCGCAGGACGGCAUGUUGCCUAGUGAGCAGGAUGAACAAGGUGCGUAUCUUAUAGAUCGCAGUGCCCACUACUUUGAACCAAUAAUCAAUUAUCUGCGACAUGGACAACUGAUUGCUGACGCUAAUGUUAGCUUGGAAGGUGUAUUGGAAGAAGCAAGAUUUUUCGGUAUAUAUUCGCUUAUUAGCCAGCUAGAGCCCCAACUUGCCCAGAUCAAUCGACCUAUAGACGAUAUGCCACUUACACGUCGGGAUGUUAUCAAAGCGCUGAUACAAACUCCCCAUGCUAGUGAACUGCGUUUCCAGGGCGUGAAUUUGGCUGGUGCCGACUUGCGGAAGCUAGAUUUCCGUAAUAUAAAUUUUAAGUAUGCAUGCAUGCAACGGUGUAAUUUAUCGCAUGCAAAUCUGACUUAUUGCUGUUUGGAACGUACCGACUUGGCUUUUGCGAAUUUGGAGUGUUCGCAACUAGUAUCGGUGAAGGGUUUGUGCGCCAAUAUGGAGGGUGCGAACCUGCGCGGUUGCAAUUUCGAAGAUCCGACCGGUGUACGUACGAAUUUGGAAGGUGUAAAUUUAAAAGGUGCUUGUUUAGAAAGUAGCAAUAUGGCAGGAAUAAAUCUGCGUGUCGCCAAUUUGAAAGAUGCUAACAUGAAGAAUUGUAAUUUGCGUUCAGCUGUUCUUGCCGGCGCAGAUUUGGAACGUUGUAACCUAUCGGGCAGUGAUUUGCAAGAAGCAAAUUUGCGUGGUGCCAAUUUGAAGGAUGCCGAAUUGACGCUUAUGGUGACACCAUUGCACAUGGCUCAGGCCAUACGAUGAGGUGUGGCUACUUUGAAUGUUACAAUUCCCUACCUUAAUUUUCCUGUGAUUUGAAAUGCUAUCGAUUUCUUGCUUGUGCUUAAAAUUUGGUAUGCAGCAAAUAAAAAAUUAAAAAAUAAAAAAAUAAUCCGGCUCAGCUAAGGAAGAAACAUAAUAGUGAUAGUCUGUAAAAGCAUCAUAAAUAUAACAAUUAGAAAUUAAGAACUUUCAUAUAAACAUUUACACAUGACUGAAAAAAUUUGCAUUCAGCCGUUGUUUUUUAAUUACAUAUGGCCAUAUUACCGCAUCUUAAUAAUAAUAAAGAUAUGUAACUUAACAUAUAUACA